AUGGCAGCCCCCAGUCGCAGCGGUCCAUUCUUGACUCCAUUCUCGUCCUCUAAUCAUGAUGACAACACGCAACAACAACCUUCCACUACUGCUGCUUCGAGAGUGUUCAAUGUACUUUCUACACUUUCUCAAUCCUUGUUUCCAACGAGCUUGACUCAACAUCCUCCAACAAUCAUAACAACGACCUCUGCUUCUUCUUCAUCGUCGUCGUCAUCCUCCAAUACUUCCUCACAUCAACAACAACAAGCAGCAAAUCCUACAACCAUUCCAACCAUUUCUACAAGUACUACAAGUCCUCGACGAGCAUCACUUCAUCUCUCACUCACAACCUUGGAAGAUCCAGCUGCCAUUACCAACCAUCCGUUGGUUCUUCCUUCUCCAAGUCAUUUCAAGAGAUUCUUUUUGAAUGAGCGAUCUUCCUCUCAUCCUUUCCAUGGUAAAAAUUCGAAACGAGGUGGUUUCUUUCAUUGCUAUGACGUGAAAACGUUGAUUUCCAAUUCCAAUAAUUUUUCCUUAGAUAAUUCGUUGAGAUUACAUUCACAAAAACAUUCCUUGUUGAUUCAUCGAUCUCAACUUCCAAACCCACAACAACAGAAUAAUAACGGUGCAGGUGCUGCUGGUACUCCUCCACCUGCUCAAUGGAGUCCUACUGAUCUUCCAUGUAUGCAAUUUAAUCAUCCCUCAAAAAUUUCACACCUGAAAAGUAUUCACACCAAUUCUCAAUUCACAUAUUUUGAAGUCAAGAUUGCAGAGUCCAUGUAUUCUGGAAAUAAUGCAUCAGCUCCUGAGGUUGGUAUUGGUUUUGCUCCAGCUGGUUUCAAGGGAAUGGUUGGAUGGGCCAAAGAUACCAUUGCGUUUCAUAUGGAUAAUGGGCGAGUGUAUGAUGAGAGAGAUUCCACCAAUAGAAUUGCUGAUCGAGUGUUUUUAUCCAACGUCUCCAAAGGUGAUGUCAUUGGCUGUUUGUUGAAUCAUCGAAAUGGUGAAUUCUUGGUCGUGAGAAAUGGUCAAGAAUUACACAACUUGAAACAUGGCACUGUUUUUGUCAAUGACAAAUUCAAGAGACAUCAUCAAGAUCCAGUCAAAUAUUUACCAACCAUUUCAUGUUCAGAUAUUAACUUGGAAGUGGAGGUGAAUUUGGGAUUGGAUUUGGUGCAAUUUCCGUUUGUCUAUCCUCGUGUCAUUCAUUGUAAAGAACGAGAGAAAAUGUUUGGAAUGGUUAAAAAUCAUGAUCAGAUGCAGCAUUCACCAUCUCUCGGUCGUGGAGAGAAUUGCUGUCGAUUUUCUGAUGUAGAGAUUUGGACCGUUUCAGAGUAG